AUGGUAUUCCCUUUAGUUGGCGCACUCAUUAACGGUGCUACUGCUACUCUAAAUGUGGCUAGCGGUACGUUCGGCGCCUGGGCCGCCCUGCAUUCUGAUCAGCAUCAGGCUGAAAUCGCACAAGACAUUCAAGGGCAUUCAGUGAGGCUGCAGAGAAGUAUGGCUUUACGGGAAGAUAUCCGAGAUUUGCGAAAACUAGAAGUUUGUGUAUCGAAAUUUGCUCGCGCGCUCCUGUUGGAAGAAUACAGAAUUUAUCUACCCUCGGAAAACGAAAUUAGGAAUGCGGGUGGACCUUCUUUGUGGGACAGAGUGAAAGCACUGCAAACGCUGCCGACCGAGGGCAAAGAUGUUGAUGACGCGAUGAUUGAUUCCAAAGAAUUUUAUGCGGAAACUCAAAUUAAUAUAAAUGAACAUUUCAAAGAGCAGAUAAAUAGGUACAUCCCUUUGAAGGAGUUUUCCGAUAAGUAUUUGCGCGCUGGUGGUACCGCACUUAUCGCAUCCGUUUAUGCUGUGUGUGUUUGCGGCGCCAGUACUGUUCUCGGUAACAGCGACAGCAUUUUAUCACGCACGGGAGGGAGAUUCAACACGACCGAGCUUUGA